UUUCCCUUGUGAUCAACUACCCUUCUCCUCCACUUCCCUCUCCAUUCUUCUUGUCAACUACCCAUUAAUUCUCCUUCAAGCAGAUCAAACACCUUUUUUCCCUGGAACCCCUUUAGCUGCAUUUUCUCUUUAUAUACACACACUGAUACACACACAAAUGCGCACUAAAUACUUAUAUACGAAGCUCUCCUUCUAUAUAUACGUAUAUACGAAUUACAAAAUAUCCAAACCCUAAUGGCGGAUGAUCGUUUUCAUAAGUCCAUUGCUACGAAAGAAGCCGCUGUCGGCUCUACAGCUGAAAAUGGCAGCAGCCAAGAGUCCAAGCAGCCUGAGUUUUCAGGAGAUGAGGAAACCCUAAUUAUCAGAAUGUAUAAUUUGGUUGGAGAAAGGUGGUCUCUGAUUGCUGGAAGAAUUCCUGGAAGAAGUGCUGAAGAAAUCGAGAAAUACUGGAAUUCCAGACACUCUACUAGUCAAUAACAAGCCCAAGAUUCGAUCUGUACUAGUCUUUUGUCGGUGCUGUUAACGCUCGGACAUAUGGGAUUUCAGCAUUUCCUUUGAGAGGGUAAUCAACCAAAUGUACCAUCAAUUCUAAAUUUGGGCGGGUUGCAUUUUUGUGCAACAGAACUCUUAUUCAAAAGGUUAAUUUGGUGUAUGAUCUUAAGCUUUGUGACAUUAAUUAAAUCUAUUACA